GAUGUUCUAUGGUUCUGAUCACGUCUGAUUUUUUAUUGCAAAGUGCCAUUUGCUAAGUGAAGUGACGUGAAGAAAAAAGUUUCCUGUUUUGGACGGAAUUAUGGAAGGUCAACAAUUUUGCUUACGGUGGCACAAUUUUCAAAACACAUUACUGAGUUCUUUACCAAAGUUACUGGAUGGAGGUCACCUCACAGAUGUUACGCUGAGUGCUGGUGGUAGACACAUUCACGCCCACAGGAUAAUUCUUUCAGCUUGUAGUUACUACUUCAAAGAAUUAUUUAAAGACUUGAAUAACUCCCAGCACCCUGUUAUCGUCUUACCAGGAAUGGAGUAUUCAAAUUUGUGUGCACUAGUCACAUUUAUGUACAAUGGAGAAGUAAAUAUUUAUCAGGAACAAUUACCUGCAUUAUUAGCAAUGGCAGACACUCUGCACAUUCGAGGACUGGCAGAUAUUGCCGGGAAAAAUUCAAACUACGAUAAUGGAAUGGUUGUCGAUCCACCGAUUUCUUCUCAGGGGAAGGAAGUCGCCAACAUGACGGUAAUGACAGAGGCAAAAGACAAUAAUCUAAGCUCAGAUACGUUGGAGUCAGUACCUGGAAAUUACGUGAAUGACAAUAUAGAAGAGGAAUCAUCGAACGACUUAGAUAGUAUUCCCUGUAGUGUGAAAACCAAACCCUACUAUUCCAUAAAUGCUAAGCUAAACCAAAGAGAAAGAAAAUCUGUGAUAGGAAAUGUCCCUCCUAUAAAACAGAUCGAGACGAAUUAUGUAGGAAACGUUGUUGAAGAAUCGCCACCGAUUAUGGAAGAGAGAAAUCCAAUGUUAGAAAAUGCAAAGCCUCCACCAAUUUUAGACGCGAAUUUUAAAUUUCUCUCUGGAUCACUUUCUAACAGGACCUCACAGACUUGCAAUAAAACAAGCGUGACUUGUCUAAUUUGCGGUAAACAAUUGAGUAAUCAGUAUAAUUUGAGAGUUCACAUGGAAACUCACAGUAAUAGUUCGUAUAGUUGUACAGCCUGCUCACACGUGUCACGCUCUCGUGAUGCACUCAGGAAGCACGUUUCGUAUAGACAUCCUGUGACGUCUCCGCAAAAACGUCCUAGAUAUAAUUCGUCAAAACCAUAGAAAAGUUUCUAGCAAAUAUUUUAAAGUCGAUUUCGAUACCUCUAUGUUGAAAGAACGUCUCUUGGAGUGUAUGACUAAAUCUAAAACGACCUCUCUGGCGUUGGUCGUCCAAACUAACCCAUUGCUUUUUAACCCUCAAACCGUACACUGUUGCGAAUUCGCACCCAAAGUUUUUUCAUUUUGUUGGCAUUUACGCAAUCACCGCUGCAGCGGAUUAUCCCCACAUAUAUUAAAUAUAUAUGUUGAAUAUAUUAAAUAAUUAAUAUUAACAUUGCGAACAAACCAAUUCGCACCAGUGAACCGUUUACGCAUGGUAAACACGGUAAACAGCAGAAAGAUUUAGUAAUUAGUACUCGCUGUUUUAGUAUAUGAUUUAGAAUUAUUUUCAAUUCACUUGAAUUCUUUUUAAUUGCUUGGGAUGCUUUUAAACUCUUUCGGAGUCAAAGAAUUUCGUGGUUAAUUUAGAGGCUCAGCGCCAGUGUGGUUGUUGAGUUUAAACGUACACUGAAAGAGGCUCUUUUAACAUCUGGCUAUUGAUUUAAUUGUUUAAAAUCUCCGUGAAUUGAGAGAUUUUCCACCGAAAGUGGGUUUCAGUUUGGAAAUAAUUUUUGGUAUAGGAGAGUUUUGAAAAACGCUGAAAUACUUUAAGAUACUUUUGAGGGUUUCUGAGAGUAGAUAUUAAUGGAAGGGCGAACAAGUUCCUUGAAACCUUUAGUGUUCAAAUUGUUAUUGUUUCCUUGUUAUCGUUAAAUCGUUUUAAUAAAGACAUCUUAGAUAUACGAUAUGUAUAUAUUAUAUAUGUAAUCUCCAUUUUCACGACGAGCUGUACUUUAAAAGUUCAUUGUCACUAGGUCAUCUAACUGUCAUAUAUUUAGGUUUUGUAGAUAACAAUCGUGUAAAUAUGUAGAAUUGUUUUCCUAUACAUAAAUGGUUGCGCUCAGAAAAGUUAUAAAAUA